AUGCCUACCCUCUCACUGGUCAACUUCAACAUCGUCUGCGCGACCUUGGGUGGCUUUAUUACGGCCUUCGGACUGGUAUCGUACCUGCUUAAGGAGAAGUUCUAUCUCUCCGAAGCUCUGAUCUCCACUCUUGCUGGUGUGCUCUUCAGUCCCCAUGCCGCCAACUUCAUUCGGCCUCUGGAGUAUGCCAACAACAAUGAGCUUGAUUUGGAGACAAUCACCUUGUACUUCACGCGCCUCGUCCUUGGUGUUCAGCUAGUCCUGGCUGGUGUUCAGCUGCCUAGCAAGUAUCUAUGGAACGAGAGGAAGAGCUUGUCUAUUUUGCUUGGACCAGGCAUGAUUUGCAUGUGGAUGAGCACUUCUCUGCUGGUCUGGGCUCUCGUUCCGAACAUAGACUUUGUCAUGGCUAUUGCUGCCGGCGCCUGUGUAACCCCGACUGAUCCAAUUCUGUCGAACAGCAUUGUCAAAGGCAAGUUUGCGGACAAGAAUAUCCCACCCAAGCUUCAGAAGAUUAUCAUCGCAGAAUCUGGCGCCAAUGAUGGCCUGGGCUAUCCUUUCCUCUUCUUGGGUCUCUACUUACUCAAGUACGCUGGAAAUGGCGGGCUUGGCCAGCAUGGUGGAGUUGGUCAUGCUUUUGCCUUGUGGUUCUACGACACAUGGGCCUACGUGAUCAUCAUGUCUGUAGCCUAUGGUGCUUUGGUAGGAUGGCUCGCCAAAGAACUUUUGCACUGGGCCGAGGAGCGACAUUACGUUGACCGAGAGUCCUUUCUAGUCUUCGCCAUCACUUUAGCACUGUUCAUCGUAGGCACUGUCGGCCUGGUUGGCUCUGAUGACGUACUUGCAUGCUUUAUCGCUGGCAACGUGUUCACUUGGGAUGAUUGGUUCAGAUUGGAGACGAUGGACGACUCUCUGCAGCCCACCAUCGAUAUGCUGCUCAACGUCGCCAUCUUCAUGUGGUUCGGCGCCGUAUGUCCAUGGCACAGCUUUGUGGACAACAAUGUCAUCCCAAUCUACCGUCUUAUCCCUCUGGGCAUACUGGUCCUGCUUCUACGACGACUGCCAUUCAUUUUGAUUGGCCAUAAGACGAUUCAUCAAAUUGAAGAAUGGCGCCACGCUGCUUUUACUGGAUGGUUCGGUCCGAUUGGUGUCAGCGCAAUUUUCUAUCUUUACAUUGCGCGAGAGUUUCUACGAGAGGUUGAGUAUGAAGGACACGAACGUGUGGACGCUUCGCGUGAGGCAGAAACGCUGAAUGUAGUCGUCUGGUUUCUCUGCAUAUGCUCGAUCGUCUGCCAUGGAUUGUCGGUUCCUCUUGGAAAGCUUGGACUUCACCUACCACGUACGAUAUCUAUGGCCAUUUCUGA